AUGUUCAACAAGAUCAUCAAGCGCGGGGCGCGCAAGGGCGCGCGCGGCCACGAUGCGGCGGCGGCCGAGCCCCGAGGCGCGGCCCCGUCCUCCUCCUCCGGCGGGGCGGCGCCCGUCACCGUCAACCACGCCUCCCGCGCCUCCGCCUCGCCCGUGCCGCCCUCGCCCACCUCGCCGCACGCCGCCGCCGCCGCCGCCUCCCCCGCCCCGGCCGCCGCGCAGCAGCCGCCGCUCCUCGAGCCGCUCCCGCUCCUCCGCGACGUGCCCGCCGGCGAACGCCCCGGGCUGCUCCUCCGCAAGCUGCGCCUCGUCGCCGCGCUCUUCGACUUCUCCGACUCCCUCAAGCACCCGCGCGAGAAGGAGGCCAAGCGGCAGGCGCUGCUCGAGCUCGUCGACUACGUGCAGGCCCCCGCCCCCGCCGCCAACGCCAACGCGCCCGCACGCCUCCCCGACGCCGUCCAGGAGGCCCUCGUCGCCGCCAUCUCCGCCAACAUAUUCCGGCCCCUGCCCCCCGCGCUGUACGAGUCCGCCGCCAACAUCGACCCCAAUGCCACCCCGGACGACGAGGAGGAGCCCUACCUCGACCCCGCCUGGCCGCACAUCCAGCUCGUCUACGAGCUCCUGCUCCGCUACGUCGUGUCCCCCGACACCGACACCAAGGUCGCCAAGCGGUACGUCGACCAUGCCUUCGUGCUCCGCCUCCUCGACCAUUUCGACUCCGAGGACCCCCGUGAGCGCGAGUAUCUCAAGACCGUGCUCCACCGCAUCUAUGGCAAGUUCAUGGUUCACCGCCCGUUCAUCCGCAAGGCCAUCAAUAAUGUGUUCUACCGCUUCAUCUUUGAGACCGAGCGCCACAACGGCAUUGGCGAGCUCCUUGAGAUUCUCGGCAGCAUAAUUAAUGGCUUUGCCCUGCCUAUGAAGGAGGAGCACAAGCUGUUCCUCAGCCGCGCGCUCAUCCCGCUGCACAAGCCCAAGUCUGUCGGAAUCUACCACCAGCAGCUGUCCUAUUGCAUUGUCCAGUUUGUCGAGAAGGACUACAAACUUGCUGAUGCGGUCAUCAGGGGUCUCCUCAAGUACUGGCCACUCAUAAAUUGCCAGAAGGAGGUGCUGUUUUUGGGGGAGCUCGAGGAAGUGCUCGAGGCCACACAGCCUGCUGAGUUCCAGCGGUGCAUGGUGCCGCUGUUUAAGCAGAUAGGGCGCUGCCUUAACAGUGCCCAUUUCCAGGUUGCUGAGCGGGCUUUGUUCUUAUGGAACAAUGAUCACAUUGUAAGCUUGAUUGCCCAAAAUCGUGGUGUAAUAUUUCCAAUAAUAUUUGAAGCACUUGAGAGGAACAUACAGAGCCACUGGAAUCAAGCUGUUCAUGGCCUGACCGCAAAUGUGCGCAAGAUGUUUUUGGACAUGGAUAGUGAUCUAUUUGAUGAGUGCCACCAGCAGUACAUUGAGAAAGAAGAAAAAGCCAAAGAAUUGGAGGAGCAACGGGAAUCGGCAUGGAGACAAUUGGAAGCUGUUGCUGCCAAGGCUGCUGGGGAUGACAUGGUUUUGGUCAAAUAG